GAAAAUUAUCAGAAAGAGGAUUUUUAUUAUUUAUUUUAUGUCGAUUUUGUGGAAUAAACUGGAAAAGUUUCAAAAAUCUUAAAACUUUGACUGGUUCUUCUUCAUUUUCAGCCUAAGUUCUUAAGAACCACAUGCGGCCCGGGAACCGCAUGUUGGAGACACAAAGAUCAGGAUUGGAUCAGAACCAGAGACCAGAACCUGGACCUGAACCCAGAUCAGGUUCUGACGAGCAGGGCCGAACCUUUAUUAUCUCAGAGUUUAGGAGCGGCAGGUUCGACUGGGAAUCUUCUGGUCCAAAUGGACACGUUCAACCGGACAGGUGGGUUCUGAUCCAUCUGAGGCUGCUGCUCUCAGAGCUUCAUGGUUCUGAUAGUUUUUGUUUUAAUCUGAGGGUCAGAGGGAGUCUGGCUGGUUCUGAUUGGACCGGAACCAGUCUCGGUCCAGGAAGCAGCAGAGAAAAGGCGGAAUACUCCUUUAAGGCAGCAGCUCACACUCCGCACGUAGCUCACGAGCGCUGCGCGUGUGUGCGUGGGGGAGGGGCGCGCACGCACAACCCAGCACGCGCAUACAGCCUGCCGAGGCUCCGCCCCCAACAGCACCGCGCAGCAGCGUUUCCGGCAGCCGGUCAUCCUGAGUCAGUAAAGUACCUGCAGGUUCCGAAGGUUCUGGUUCUGGUUCGGCUCCAGCUCAGAGUUUGAGUCUUGUUCUGACCCUGAAGACACACAGGAGGCUUCGUGCGCAGCUCCUCUCCACCAAUCACCGUGCAGCUCGGUGUCACGUGCUCAUCUUGUUUACUAGACGGUAGGAAAAUGACCCAGAGGCUGAUGGGAAAACCAGGAGCGGACCGGAGGCAGGGAUCAGGAUUCGGUCCAGAGUUCUGCUCUGAGGUUUGGGGGAAAAUGGGCUGUUGUUGCCAUGGAAACAGAUGAUGGGACAUGAUGCCCAACACUCGUCUGGGAAAACGCUCACCGUUCGGAGCGCUGGUCAGCCCCGAGACCACCAGGCCCGGCGUCGUCGUGGCAAUGGGGCCACAGGGCAUCAGCAGGGUCAGAGGUCACAGCGACCUAAAGGUGUUCUUCCAGUGCGACGAUGCAGGCGACCCACGGGCCGCGAACACCUCCUGCGGCAGGUCCGUCUCCACCUGCAUCGACGUUCCCAGAAGCCGCAAUGCGCCGCAGGAAGUGGACAUGGACGAGCUAACGGCCGCCAUGGUGCUGAGCAGCCUGUCCUGCAGCCCGCCGCCGCCACAGGGCUCCGCCCACAAAGACACGACAGCUCCUUUGACAGACGGUGGCGCCGUUGAGCUCUCGGUCAGCGGCAGCAGCGGCUACUGGAGCGUCGAUCCCAAAAGCUCCGCCCCUUCCUCACCAACAGACGAAGCCAGAGGCGGGUCAGCCACGCCCCCUGAUGAGGGCUUGGACAUGGAGCUCGACCAGGUUCUGUUUGAAGAACCGGCGCCGCGGAAACGCAGGAAUUCACUGAAGGCGGCGUUCCGCUGCCUGUGGCCGGCCUGCGGGAAGGUUCUGACGUCGGUGGUGGGAAUCAAACGUCACAUCAGGACGGUUCACCUGUGCCACGGCGGCGAACACGAGCGAUGCUCUCGCAGCGAGGAAGACUUUUACUACUGCGAGAUCAACCAAUGGGAGGAGCCGCACUGUCAGUCUCCUCCCUCUGCUCCCCCGCCGCCGCCCCCCUCCCCUCCCAUCGGCAGCGCUCUGAGCCGCUCUGCGCCUUCACCCUGCAGCAGCUUCUGGCAGGUCCAAUCAGAGCACUCCUACCAGGCUCCGCCCCCAAGUCAGGUGGUUUCACAAGCAGCUUCCUGUCUUUUGACGGCCCCGCCCACCACAUGCAGCAGACAGGGAGCAACGUUCCGGGUCCGGUCGGUCAGCGUGGGAGAGCAGUGGCUGCAGCAGCACAGCGCCCCCUGCAGGCGGAUUCGGAGCGAGGCCAAGAAGUGUCGGAAAGUUUACGGCAUCGAGCACCGAGAGCUGUGGUGCACAGCCUGCCGCUGGAAGAAGGCCUGCCAGCGCUUCCUGGACUGAUUCCAGGAGAUUCCAGUCCAUGUUUUCCUUCAGCCUUUAUUUGAUGAUGAUGUUCUGCAUGGAGCAGUGAUGAUGAGAUGCAGACCUUCAUCCUGCAUGUUUCCAGGCUGCUGGGUCAUCUCAGGUCGGGUCAGGGAGGAGGAUGAACACCGCCAAAUAUUUUUAAUUUCAGCUGCAGUUUAUUCAGUGAUCCAGCCAAUAGGAAGCCAGCACUUAUGAGGAGGCGUGGCCUCCCAGUCCUCCGAGUUCUCCAGACGGACCUGGAGGUCGUCUAAGGUGCUACUCGUUCGGAGGUCCGAACCCGGUUCCUCAGACGGACAUUAGGUCCGUUUGUUUUUCUACAUUAUGUAAAUAUUGAUGUUGUAAUAAAGCAGUAAAACCUGAA